AUGUCGUUCGCUCGUCCGCAUAGCCUAAGCGGUACGCUGACGCCGUUCCUGUAUCCCGCCUUUCUCCAGGUGCCACUUGCCUCGGCUGCGCGCAGAUGUCCGCCUCGUAAACGAUUUCCGAUCCAGCUCAGACGCAACUCUACGUCUGCUGAGCAGCCCGGCGCUCACCCGAAUGCGCGACUAGACCCCGCAGCAGACGACUAUGCCCUUACGCCUUUUGCCGAUCGAUGCAUUUUGACUGUUGAAGCUGGUGGCGGCGGCCACGGUUGCGUCUCGUUCUUGCGCGAGAAAUAUAUUGAAGAAGGGCCUGCAAAUGGUGGCGACGGCGGUAGUGGAGGAAACAUCUACAUACAAGCAGUCCGUGGCGAGACAUCGCUACACAAGCUUGCUCGCCGGCGACAAAUCAAGGCUGGCAGAGGACGCAAUGGACAGGGCAAGGUCAAAGGUGGCGAGCGCGGGGCCGACGUCCUCAUCACGGUGCCAGUAGGGACCAUUGUGCGCGAGUUGCAGAGACAUGACCCGGUCGCGAUAAUGGAGGAAGAGCACUGGAAAAUGCAGCAAAACGAAGAUGCGGAAGAAUUGGAGGAGGGGCAGCCAAGCUAUAGAAGAGACCGAUGGCUGGUCUAUCCUGGGACUAUAGCCUCAGAACUGAGUAGGAUCAAGUUUCCUAAGCUGCCACCGCCACGACGAUCGCACCUUGCAGCCCUUGAACCACAAGCGCCCAUGUGGUUGGACUUGGACAAGCACAUGGAGACGCCUAUGUUGAUAGCAGCAGGAGCGAUGGGCGGCUUGGGUAAUCCACACUUUAUGACCCCCUUCAACAACAGGCCCAAGAUGGCCACGCGGGGAGACGAGGGCUUGAAGAUUUCACUGCAGUUGGAGCUGAAAAUUCUGGCCGACUUGGGACUGGUAGGGCUGCCCAAUGCCGGAAAGAGCACGCUUCUUCGAGCUUUGAGCAAUAGCCGUGCGCGAGUCGGCAACUGGGCCUUUACCACCCUUCAGCCAAACGUUGGUACUGUGGUUCUGGACAACCACAAAGGACGGCCACUUGUCAGAUCGCGCAGGCCAAAUGGAGAACUGCGCGAGAACUUUACCAUUGCAGACGUACCAGGGCUCAUCGAGGAUGCGCAUCUCGACAAAGGGCUUGGACUAGGCUUCUUGCGACACAUUGAACGUGCCGCAGUGCUCGCUUUCGUCAUCGACUUGUCUGCUGGUGACGCUGUGGCUGCUCUCAAGCUGCUCUGGCGAGAAGUAUCCGAGUACGAGACUCUACGCGGCAAGGAACUGAAUGCGGAGACGGAGCGUAGGACGGUGACAUACAGACCCGCUGGUGCCAGCACGCCCCCUAGCGACGCGUCUGAUCUCAUUGACACACCGCAUCUGGACCCGUCGCCAAAGCCUCUGCCCUUUCUGAGCACCACACCGAUCUCGUCGAAGCCUUGGUUUGUCGUCGCGACAAAGGCCGACUUGCCGGAUACGCAGGCUAACUUUGAGGCUCUUCGCGUAUAUUUGGCGGAUGUGAGCAAGGGCGCGCAACCUCAUCCUAGUAACCGCAAGCAUGCAUGGCGACGCAAUGUACAGGCUGUGCCGAUCAGCGCGAUACAGGGCGAAGGUGUACAAGUCAUUCCGCAGUUGGUGAUGGACUUGUUGGAGGAGUAG